GCAGUCCCGGGCUCUACAGUAAGACCAUGACCCCCACGUACGACCCGGAGAACGGGACUCCAGCCUCGGCUACAAGCAUGUGGUUCGGGGACAGCCCCCUCACCACCAGCCAGCCCAACAUGCCCCCCGCAGAGCUGGCCAAGCUCUACCAGCCCCUCUCCCUCACUGACAAGGCCAGCAUCAACACAGGGUGGCUGGACUCCUCACGAUCUUUAAUGGAACAAGGCAUCCAGGACGAUGAGAAACUGCUGCUCCGCUUCAAAUACCACUGCUUCUUCGACCUGAACCCGAAA